AUGAUCUUCCAUACUAUCCUCUCCAUAGUCUCCCUUUCACUCCUGAUAUCACCUUCUUACGCGGCAAACUUAGAUCUGUCGGUCCAUAUUCCAUCGUAUGAUUGUGUUUACGGCUGUUACAAUGCCCUUUCAGUGGUGACUUUCAAAGACAUCAAAUCGAAAAAGGCUGCCAUUGCCGAUCAAUGUAACUCGACCAUGUUUGGCACAUCACUAGUUUUGUGUUCCGAGACUUAUUGUCAAUCCCAACAACAGGAAGCGGGAUGGGAUUAUAUGACCACUACAUGCAAGAAAUCAAAGGUAAAAUUGCCUGCCUACACAACGCUACUUGGACAAAUCAACAGAUCGGAGGUAGUCGAUGUCGAUACCAUAGAACAACAAAAGAAGACUUUCAAUGGAACGAUAUUGGUUGAUCAACAUUCGUUCAAUAUAGGAUACAGGACACUAGUCGCCGAUGCUUCUAACAGGAUAUACAGCCAUUCAUUCGGUUGGACAGUUUACCUGUUCAUGGGAGUCGCGGUCAUGAUAGGUCUGAUCAAUCGCUUGAUUAGCCUUUACGUGCAUCGAUACGUGACCUCGUCACCUGAAGCUACGAGUCCGCCGGCGACAACUUCAAGGCGUUCAGCAUUGUCCAAAGUGUACACUUUGUGGCGACGGCAUGUUACUACUCCUGCUCUCUUCGGCUAUAAACAUUCUCAGCCGUGGGGCUGGGUUUCGAUACCGACGCGGUUGCAAGGUAUUCUGAUCUUCGCCUACAUCGCGGUCAACAUCAUCUUCAUGUUGGUAGGGUACGAUGUGUUCGAAGAGAAUUUAGAUUCUCCUGGAGAUAUCCAAACCCAGAUUUGUGAUCUCGGUCAAUACAGAACCGGUGUCAUGUGUAUAUACAAUUUACCGCUUUUAUGGAUGUUGGCAGGUCGGAACGACGUUAUUCUUUGGUUGACCGGUUGGUCAUAUGCUUCUCUGAAUUUGUGGCAUCGCUGGAUCGCCCGGUUGGCAGUACUACAAGCAUUUAUUCAUGGAGUUAUGUAUACAAUAAUGAAGCGUGACGAUUUGUAUGAACGUUUCUUCCAUCGCAUGUAUUGGGCAACCGGGAUAUUCGCUUUGAUCUGCUUUUGCCUGAUGGUGGUAUUAUCGAUCAAACCUAUCAGAACAAGGUGGUAUGAAUUAUUUUUGAUUGUUCACAUCGCCUUGGCUCUAUGCAGUCUGGUCUUGCUCUAUUUCCAUCUCACUCAUAUGAAAGGGGCAUUCAACCCAUACAUCUGGGCAUGCGCAGCUGUUUGGUGCCUCGACAGGGUCAUCCGAGUCCUUCGAGUGGUGGUCCUCACCUUCAAGGCACUUUCGAAGAGAGGCAAGAACACGUUGGCUGUCAUGUCCAAUAGCGAUUCCGGUUUGAUACGACUCUCAAUCACGACUUCCAUAAGAAUUACUCCUCAACCGGGUCAAUAUUACUUCUUGUAUCAUCCAUUUUCUGUGAAGCCUUGGGAGAAUCAUCCAUUCACAGUUGCAAGCUGGGAGAUCGCAGACAAAUCUACCACUCUACACUUUCUCGUCGCGCCGCAAAAAGGAGUCACCAAGCGAUGGCGAAAGCGAGUUUCGAAAAAAGAGGAUAGAACAGAUAACAUCCGAUUACUGCUAGAAGGUCCAUACGGUCAUGCGAAUCCUAUAGAAGCUUAUGAGAAGGUACUUUUGGUCGCUGGAGGAAGUGGAAUUACAUCAAUGCUCGCUUACCUUCACACGCUACGACAUCACAUCAAGGAUCUAUCUCACGUACGAACCAAGGAAGUAACAUUGGUCUGGGUAAUCAAGGAUAUGGCAUAUGCUUCUGACGUACUUGAUCACGAGUUGAAAGAUUUCUCAAAUGGUUCUCAGAUUCUCAACGGUAUAUCAUUCAAAGUUCAACUUCACGUCACUCGUGAUCGUCAUGCCAGUCCACGUACUUUGGUGGGCAGCCAACUUUCCGAUAACGGUUCCUCGCAAUCUCUAUCUUCCGAUGAAACUAAGACAUCACCAGAAUCCUCGCCUGCAACGGACACGAAUGGCACCUUUUCCGAGAAGCAAAAAGGUAAAGAAGGAUCUUUGAACAAGUCUGGCGUAUCAUUCCAUUCUAGUCGGCCGGAAAUGAAGGAUCUUUUAAAUUCGGCUGUACUUGACUUAGUCGGUGGAGAGAGAUUGGCAGUUUCAGCCUGUGGUCCGGCCAAGUUGACGGAUGAUAUGCGUAAAGCUGUAUGUGGAAUAUAUGGAUCUGAAGAAGGGAAAGUGGAUGGGAACACUGUCGAGUACUUUGAAGAGCUGUUCUGUUGGUAA